CUCGAGGCGCCAUCUGGUGCUGAUAUUUAAAAAGAUUUAAAAUGGCGGAUAUAACAAAUUUAGAUUUGUAUAACUUAUUAGGAAUUGAUUUGACAGCCACAGAAAAAGAGAUUAAAAGUGCAUAUAGGAAGAAAGCUCUUUCUUGCCAUCCAGAUAAAAAUCCUGACAAUCCAAAAGCUGCCGAACUUUUUCAGCAACUUUCCAAGGCUCUAGAAAUACUUACAGAUGGUUCUGCGAGGGCUGCAUAUGAUAAUGUUAUAAGAGCCAAGAAGGCUGCAGAAGAAAGAAACAAACAACUUGAUAGUAAAAGAAAGAAAUUUAAAGACGAUCUUGAAGAGAGAGAGAAAGCAGCACUAAAUUCCAAGUUAAAUGACAUUUCUGCUGCAGAAAAACUUCGAGCAGAGAUUGAACGACUUCGAAAAGAAGGAUCCAAACAAUUGGAAGAAGAAAGAGAAAAGUUAAGGAAAGAAAUAGAAAAAGAGUGCAAUUUAAGGAAGAGUAACGAGGCUGAACUUCCACGAAUAAAGGUAAAAUGGAAGAGUAAGAAGUCUGACGAGAAUAAUGGAGGGUAUAACUAUGAGAACAUGGUUGAAAUUUUCGGAAAGUACGGUGAUGUCACCUGUGUUAUGUCGAGUAAGAAAGGAAGUGCUCUGUUAGAAUUCUCUAAUGCACAGGAAGCGCUGAAUGCAUUUGAGAACGAGAAAGGUCUGGAAGAGAAUCCCGUAACUUUGACUUGGAUCCAGGGAAAGCCGAAGGAGGCAGACGGGACUCCAACAGAGAUGGAGACAAAGACGUCGGACGACGGACAAUCUGGAAACGGCGUACUCUCUGACAGAGACUACGAGAGUCUAGUGUUGAUGAAACUACGUCGGGCGGAAGAAAGGAAGAGACUCAUUCAAGAACUGAUGGAAGAAAAUGACUGAUUAAACUAUUUUAUGUAUAUAUAUAUUUAUCAAAAAAGUUGAUACAAAAAUAUGCAAAAUAAAAUUCAAGACAACUAUUUUUAUCACCCG